AUGUCGACUCGUAGGAAUAAGCGUCGCCGCGUCGAGCCAGAGGAGGAGGAGGCCGAGGGGGACGACGUCAUCGACAUCUCCAGCUCCCCGCCCCCCGAAACCGCAAAGUCAGUGGCCAACACCGAAGCGCCCCCAGAGCCGGACGAGGAGGCCCUCGCGCGCGAGCGGGAGAUCUGGGACGCGUUCCGGGAGGAGCACUACGAAGUGCUCGAGCAGCUGCCGCUGUCGCUGCACCGCGCGUUCACGCUCAUCAAGGAGCUCGACCAGCAGGCCCAAGGCCAUGGAGGCACCCCCAGAGAAGCCGCCCCUCUCGGUUACCGCCUGCUCCCCCACGCGCGCGGCCGGUCUGCCGCGCUCCCCAAGUCGCUGAAGAAGAUCACGGAAACGUCGACGUCGACGCGCGAGAUCUUGGUCGGCAUCGCGCAGACGGCGGAGGAGGUCUCCCGCGCGUCCAACGAAAAGGAGUACCUGGCCCAGCACGUCUACGACCUGGCCGGCCGGCCGAAGGCCGUGAGCAGCCCCCCGGCCGAGCCGCAGGACGACUACGUCCCCCGGGACCACGCCGGUCGCGCCCUGUCCGCCGACCGCUCCCGCCCGGAGGUGGGCGUGUACGAGGAGGAGGAAGAGGAGGAGGAGCACGCGGAGGGCGCGCGGCCGGAGGAAGAGGAGGAACCCGAGGAGGGCCACGAGCCCAGUCCGGAGGCCGAGGAGGAGGGCACAUCGUCGAGCCGCCGCACGGAGAGGAGAUCGUCGACGUCGUCGGGAGGCCGCCCACCUGCGGCGGCGGCGGACGAAGAGGCCGCCGUCCCGGAUCGGAGGGGCCGCAAGCGCCGCAAGCCUGCGCGGUACCGCGACAACGAACCGUCCGUGGAGCGCACUGUGAGCACGAGCGUGAAGAAGCCGACGGCGAACCGCGGGGGGCGGAAGUCGUUCACACUGAAGAUCCCCAUUUCUGCUCCGCCAUGGUGGAAGUCGACGAGUCGGACGACAACCAGCGGUGGUGCUUCUGCAACCAGGUUUCCUAUGGCGAGAUGGUUGCUUGCGACAAUGAGCAAUGUGCUCGUCAAUGGGUACGUCGUCGUGCCAUCGCCAAUUUUCCAUCUACCCUGUGUGGGUCUUUCUCAUGUUGACCCCAAUGAGCAAUGGUAUUGCCGGGAUUGUGCUAAAACACAUAAGAAGCGCAAAGGAAAACGUCGGGCGUCAGCCCGCUGA